CUACUGCAGAUGGCUACUUUGGUUGGUUUGUUGGUAAAAACAGAAUAUUAAAAUCAAACAGUAGCAGCAUAGAAUAUGGGGAUGAUCAAGUAAUAUUUUGGUUUCGAAUUCGUGAAGAAGUUUUUUUUAAUAAGGAAGAUGGUGUCCAUGGUGAGAAAAUUAUAGGUGCAAUUGUAGGCGCGUUAAGAUGUAAUAUCAGUUCGGGUUCAGUUAUACCAAACUAA